AUUGUACUUGUUCUUAAUAAAAUUUAAAAUAAAACAUUUGAAUUUCUCUUAACAUUUUAUCUAUAAUAUCAUAAACUACCUACCUACCUAUUUAGUUACAUAUAAAAAAAUUUUCAUAAGUUGCUUAGUAUUAAACUUAUAGUGAAUAAAGACCAAAAUGCAAAUACAAAUUAUAUUACAUGCGAAAUGACAAAUAAAAAAUUUUGAGCAGCAGUUUUUAUUUUACUAAAUAAUAUUUGUAUCAUUACAUAGGGGGUAGACAGUAGGGUGUAUACAACAAAAAAAAAAAAAUUUCUCAUUUUGCUUUUUAUAAUAAUACUUGCUGCUUUUCUUUGGUACUUGCAAAUUUUAUUUUUCAUACAUGACGAUUACGACGAGGACUUGAAAAAUACAUACAAUAUAAUAUAUUGGAGCAUACAAUUUCAAUCAACAUCGAACGAACAAAGAGUCGGAAAGCAGCUAUCAACAACAUACAGUAUGGUAGUAGUAUAAACUACAUGUUUGUUAAUUUUUUUUUUGUAUAAAUUUUAGUUGAAUUCAUAUAAAAUCGUUGAGUAUUUUUAUACUUGAAAACAAAAUAAUAUACAAUAAUUUUUAUAUGAAAGUACCUUAUCUACCUAUAAUAAAACAACAAAAAAAGCAAAGUGUUUUGUAUGAGACGGAUAAUAGAGUAGAGAAAAUGAAAUUUUUUGUCAUAUAAAAGUGAAAUAUCUACUACAUACAACCAACAUAAAAAAGUAUAAAGUAUAAUACAAAAGAAGAGAAAUAGCUAUAAAGCAAAAAAUAAAAAGUUGAAAAAUUCAACAAAGUUCAGACAUUUUUGGGACUUAGAAAAUUUUUUAUAAUAAAAUCAAUCAGUCUAUAUAAAAAUGAGCGUCGAAAAUCCACAAAAUCAGCAAUCUGAGGAAAUUGGUGUUAAAUCAUGCAACGGAGAUUCUCAACCAAUAAAUGGCUUAAGCAAUGGCCAUAUAGAAAUGAAUGGUUCUUCACAUGAUAAAUCAAGUAGCAAUAAACAUAAAUCAUCAAGUAAAGAUAAAUAUCGUGAUAAAGAUAGAGAUCGAGAUAAGGAUCGUGAUAAAACUAAGAGCAGCAGCAAUUCAAAAGAUUAUUCUAAAAGCUCAUCUAGUAGCAAUAAAGAUAAAUAUCGUGAUAAAGAUCGUGACAGAGAUCGUGACAAAGAACGCGACAAGAAUCGUGAUAAAGAUCGUGAUAGAGAUCGUGAUAAAGAUCGUGAUAAAAAUCGUGACAAAGAUAAAGAAAAAUCAUCCUCAGACAAAGAUAAAAAUAAAUCAUCGUCAUCAUCAUCAAAUCAUAAAUCAUCUUCUUCUUCAAAAGAUAAGGACCGUGAUAGAGAAAAAGAUAAACAUCGUGAUAAAGAUAAAGAACGGUCUUCACAUAAGGAUAAAGAAAAAGAUAAAUCGUCUCGCGAUAACAAAGAACGUUCAUCUAAAGAUGAAAGGCCAAAAGAAAGCAGCGACAAAGAUCGCUCAAAAGAUCAUAAAACAAGCUCAAAGGAUAAAGAACGUUCAUCUGACAAAGAUAAACAUAGGUCAGAUAAGGACAAAGACCGCCAAAAAUCAUCGACUUCAUCCUCAAAAGAUAAACAUUCCAAUUCAAGUUCUUCAAAAUCAAAAGAUAAAGACAGAGAUAGAGAUAAGGACAAAGAUAGAUCUAAAGACAAGGAUAGGGACAAAGAUCGAAAAGAUAAGGACAGAGAUAGGGAAAAACGACGAGAUAAAGAAAAAUCAUCAAAACCUGCCGAAAAUUCAUCAAAAUUAGAAAAUGGUUAUAUAAAUAAUGAAACAGAGCAAGUUAUGUUAAAUAAUUGCAAUUUUAAUGGUAUCAAUGAAGUUUAUCUUAAAGAAGAAGAUACAGCAACUCAACAAAAUCACUAUAUUAUCGAGGAACCACGAAACAAUGUGGUUAAAAAUGAAAUGUUUAAUGCCAGUCAAGCAAGUUCAUGUGAUUAUUCAAUGUCACAAUUUCGAGAAGACGAAUCUGCAUUUUCACAAAAACUUGACAUGGACGAAAGCCAAAAUAAUUUCGAUGAAGCUUCACAAGAUCCGAUUGGUUGUGGAAAUAAUGAAUACGGUAAUGAAGACGAGAACGAUGAAGAAGAUGUUCCUUUAUCGAAACGUAAAGUAGAAAUAAAAGAAGAAGAUGAUGAUGAAAAUAUUCCCCUUUCGAAAAGAAAAGCGCCUAUUAUAGAUAGUGAUGAAGAAGAUAUGCCUUUAAGUAGUCGGAAAAAAGUAAAGCAAGAAAUAAAAGUUGAAGAAGAUAGUGAGGAGGAUACUCCUCUGUUGGCAAGGAAAAAAGCAAUAAAAGUAGAAAGCGAUGAAGAUGUCCCAUUAGCUAGCCGAAAAAGUAAAACUGCAGCUGCUGUCAAAAAGAAGAAGCGUGGUGCUUUGGACGAUGAUGAAGAAUUUGACGAAAAACCUAAGAAGAAAAAAAUUAAAAAGCCAGCCAAUAAUGUAAUUAAAACAGAAGAAUCACCAACAAAAGGAGGUAGAAAAAAGAAAGCUGAAGAAGAGCCUGAAGAUGUAUGGAGAUGGUGGGAGGAAGAAAAACGUGAUGAUAGUAUAAAAUGGAAUUUCUUAGAACACAAAGGACCCUUGUUUCCACCAGAAUAUGAACGAUUACCUUCAAACGUACGUUUCUAUUAUGAUGGUAAACCAAUGACUUUAUCGAAUGAUUCUGAAGAAAUUUGCUGUUUUUAUGCCAAAAUGUUAAAUCAUGAUUACGUAACAAAAAAAGUUUUCAACGAUAACUUUUUCAAAGAUUGGAGAAAGACUAUGACACAAAGUGAAAAGGAUGUAAUUAAAGAUUUGGGAAAGUGUAAUUUCAAAGAAGUCCAUAACUAUUUUGCAGCGCUUUCGGAAAAGAAUAAAAAUCGUUCUAAAGAAGAAAAACAAGCAUUAAAAGAGCAAAAUGAAGCUAUUAUAAAAGAAUAUGGCUUUUGUACAAUUGAUGGACAUAAAGAAAAAAUUGGUAAUUUUCGUUUGGAGCCGCCAGGUCUUUUUCGAGGUCGUGGUGAGCAUCCGAAAAUGGGUAUGGUGAAAAGAAGAUUGCGAGCAGAAGAUAUUAUUAUAAACUGUUCCAAAAACAGUAAUAUACCAAAACCACCGGCAGGUCAUAGAUGGAAAGAGGUUAAACAUGAUAAUACUGUUACAUGGUUAGCAUCAUGGAUUGAGAACGUACAAGGUCAGGGAAAAUAUAUUAUGUUGAAUCCAAGCUCGAAAAUUAAAGGUGAAAAAGAUUUCCAAAAAUAUGAAACUGCACGCAGGUUGGAUAAGUUUAUCAAUAAAAUACGUAACACAUACAGAGAAGAAUGGAAAUCAAAAGAAAUGAAAAUUCGUCAGCGAGCUGUUGCAUUGUACUUUAUUGAUAAAUUGGCUUUAAGAGCUGGUAAUGAAAAAGAUGAAGACCAAGCUGAUACUGUAGGUUGUUGUUCGCUUCGUGUAGAACAUGUUGAACUACAUAAAGAAAUGGAUGGGAAGGAAAAUGUGGUAGUUUUCGAUUUUCUGGGUAAAGAUUCAAUUAGAUACUACAAUGCAGUACCAGUUGAAAAGCGCGUAUUCAAAAAUUUGGAGUUAUUCAAAGAGAACAAGAAGGAAGGCGAUGAAUUAUUUGACCGUUUAAAUACUUCAAUAUUAAAUGAUCAUUUAAGAGAUUUGAUGGAAGGUUUAACUGCUAAAGUAUUUCGUACAUAUAACGCGUCAAUUACAUUACAAAGACAAUUGGAUUUGUUAACUGAAGAAGGCACAACUAUUCCUGAAAAAAUGUUGGCGUAUAAUCGUGCAAAUCGAGCUGUAGCUAUUUUAUGUAACCAUCAACGUUCAGUACCAAAAAGUCAUGAAAAAAGUAUGGAAAAUUUGAAGAGCAAAAUUCAAGCUAAACGUGAUGCUAUAGAUGAUGCUGAGGCAGAAUAUAAGGAAUUGAAGAAGGAUGCAAGGCGCGGAUCUGUUAAAGAAAAAAUAAAUGCAGAUAAAAAAUUAAAACAAUUAGAAAGGCUGAAGGAACAACUUAAAAAAUUAGAAUUGCAAGAGACUGAUCGUGAUGAAAAUAAAACUAUUGCUUUGGGUACUUCAAAACUAAAUUAUUUAGAUCCUAGGAUAUCAGUUGCAUGGUGUAAAAAACAUGAUGUUCCAAUUGAAAAAAUUUUCAAUAAAACGCAACGUGAUAAAUUCCGCUGGGCUAUCCACAUGGCAGAUGAAAAUUAUCGUUUCUAAAGUAAAAUCUUGACAUUAAUCAUGUAUUCUAGUAAUUAAACAAAUUUAUUACUUCUAUGCAAAAAUAAUUUUUGCAUUAAAUUAAGAAAUAGUAAAUAAUUUUAAUAAGAAAAAACUUAAUUUUAUUUUUAAAAGUUAUGUAUGCAAAUAUACAUAUAAAACGCAAAAGUAAAAACUGAAUAUAAAAACAAACAAAAUUAGAAACGAAACUAUAAAAUUAAAAUCAUAUUUUUCACAUAAAAUGGUAUUCAAUCAUAUGAGAAUUGAAAUUACAUAUAUCAUUAGCGUUUAUAUUA